AUGGCUAGAAGAGAGGAAGAACGAAGGAGGAGCUCCAGAUCUGCUCCAAAAACAAAAUCAACAAAAGCUAUCAGCUCGCCGGAAGUCGAGCUACCUAGCACCUUAAAGCCUAAAAAGCUGUUUGUCGAAGCCACGCCGCAAGGAUCUGUUGCUGCUCCGGCAUUUUCAGACCCUACGGGUGGUGGAAGAAGGCGCGGUCCCAAGAGGACCGUGGUAACACCACAAGGAAAGCACGUAUUAACUAGUGAUGCACGUCUUCAUCUGGAAAAGCUUAAGGCUCAGCGAUUGCGAGCUCAAGCUGGAAAAGCUUACGAGGUGGCUAAUCUCGAAGAUGAGCUUCUAGCUCUUGACACUAGGAGACGCAUGCUCGCUUCUCGAGUGCGUCAACAGAGGGAGAUUGCACGCCUGGAGGCGGAGAUGGGGACUGCCUCCCAGGAGUAUCAAACAAGAGAUGAUGACGAGAUCUCAUGGAGACCAUCAAACAACAGUGAGUACUCGACAAGAGCUGACUCGGCUGGAUCAUACAGCUCUCGUCACCGUAAGAAGAAGAAGACACUUGAUGAAGAGGAAGAAGCAGAAACAGGACCUAACCCUAAGAUGAACGUUGAACUCACCAAACUCAGGAGAGAGGUCGCUCAGUUAAGAGAACAAGUCAAAACAGGCUCGAGUGGUCUCGAUGUUCCAUCUGAGAGCCCCCUCUCUGAGGAAAUUGAGAGCUACAUGCUGGACAAGAAUCUCAAAAUCCCCAAUAUAGGUCAGUUCGACGGGACGACGGCCCCGUCUGACUUUAUUAAUCAAUUUGAUGGAAGAAUGAGUUACUAUGGGCACUCACAGAUAUCUCGAUGCCGCUUCUUCUGCACUUGUCUUAGCGGCACAGCAUUAGAGUGGUUUGACAAUCUGCCUCCGCGCUCCAUAGACUCUUGGAGUACACUGAAGAAUAAGUUUCGAACAAGGUUCUCAAGUAACAAGAAAGGUGGCAAAAUUACAGCCUCUUUAAUGACAGUGCGCCAAAGGUCCUCAGAAUCUCUUAGAGACUUUUUGGCGCGCUUCAGAAAUGAGGUGGCUCUCAUACCUAAUCUCAUUGACGAGCUGGCUAUCAACUACUUGGCCGCAGGGGUAGACAAGUCUCGGCAUGGACUUAUUCUAGAGGAGUUCUUUGAGAAGAACCCCCGAACCCUACAGGCAGCUAUGGAGAUCUUUGAGCAUAGACUCACAAUUCAGGAGGCCGUUGGCAGUAUUCAGAUGCACUCACCUCAGGCCAGACGAUGGGAUAGAAAUUCUGGUUCGUCAAGCAAGUGGGAAGCAAGGAGACCAGACAAUCGCACUUCUCAAGGAAGCGAAGGAGCUGAGAACCAGCGAGCCAAUUUGGUCACACAGCAAAGCCAAGCAGCCUCUGCGCCUCAGCAGCCCAGAGGCUCUUGGCCCCCUCGGCCCCCAAGGGAGCAAAAGGAGUACACUAAACUUAAUGUGGGACUCAACGAAAUCUUGGCUGUCAUAAAAGCUGAUCUUAAUUAUCGACCUCCAAGGCCGAUGAAUCCUGAUAGACCAGCUAGUGACAGGUACUGCGAUUACCAUGAGGAUACCGGGCAUACAACAGACAGGUGCUAUCAACUAAGGAAUCUCAUCGAAAGAAAGAUACAAAGCGGAGAAUUUUCACAUUGGGUUUUGAAAGAUGACUCAAGCCAGGCCAAGCAACCAGAUGCUGACAGAAUCAUUGAUGUCAUUUCUGGGGGGAUAGCUGCUGGGGGCGCUUCAAACAAUUCUAAAAAAUCAUAUGCCAGGGAAGUAUUCAGGAUUGACUCUAAGCGACCAAAGCGUAACCCUUCCCCGGUAAUUUCGUUCUCUGAUGCAGACUACUCAGAAGAUCUGUUAGAAACACACCAGGACGCUCUGGUCAUAACAACAAAAAUCGGAACCAAUCUGGUCAAGAAGAUUCUCAUUGACAAUGGUAGUUCGGUGGACAUUCUUUAUCACGGAGCUUUCCUAAGGAUGGAUCUAGGGGAUAGAAAACUUGAAGAUGCUAGGGGAUCUCCUUUAUACGGGUUCACCGGAAAUGAGGUUCGAGUCGUAGGAACCAUUGAUCUACCGGUUCUGUUUGGAUCACCACCCUGCCAGCUUUGGAGGGUACUCAAGUUCCAUGUGAUAAAUGCAGAAUGUAGUUACAAUGCCAUCAUAGGGCGAACCACCCAGUCCGCUCUUAAGGCAAUAACAUCCAUCACACAUUUAAAGAUGAAGUUCCCCACUGAAUUUGGAAUAGGAGAGGUUAAGGGUGACCAAAGAAUGUCCAGGCAGUGUUAUAUUUCCAAUGUGAAACCGAAAAGGAAGCCUCAUCGGUCCUCUGCCUCUUCGGUAAAUCAGGUCUCCAGCCAGCCUCCUCAUUCGGACCAACCCAUCAAGGAAACACUGGGAAGCACUGAGUCACAGGCAAACAAUGAAAUGCUGGAGUCUCCGGCCUAUGAACUCAUGGACAUUGACCCACAGGUUGAUCAGGAGGUGGUAAGACCCCCUGCCUGUGAGCCAAAUGAGACACUAGAGCAAAUAAGCAUUGAUCCAAACAAUUCAGAAAGAACAGUGGGAAUAGGAACAAACCUUUCCCCACAAGUACGACAAAGCUUAAUUUCCCUGCUGCAAGAGUUCGCUGACAUAUUCGCUUGGUCACCCAGCGAUAUGCCGGGGAUUCCAGAAGAUAUAGCACUCCAUCGCCUAAACAUAAAGCCUGAAUUCAGAUGCGUCAAACAGAAGAAAAGAACCUUCUCACCUGAGAAGCAAGAGGCCAUAGAGGCUGAACUCAAACGCCUCUCUGAAGCAGGGUUCAUAAAAGAAGUUCAAUAUCCGACGUGGAUCGCCAACGCAGUGCUGGUAAAGAAAAGCAACGGUAAAUGGCGAAUGUGUGUGGACUACUCUGACCUUAACAGGGCCUGCCCCAAGGACUUCUACCCUCUGCCAAAUAUCGAUCAACUCAUAGAUGCUACGGCGGGUCACGAACUAAUCUCCUUUAUGGACGCGUUUUCGGGCUAUAACCAAAUUAAACUAGCUAAGGAAGACCAGGAUAGCACCGCCUUCAUCACCCACAAGGGGGUAUUCGCCUACACGGUAUUACCCUUUGGGCUCCUCAAUGCAGGCGCCACGUUUCAAAGAACCAUGGAUACAGUUUUCGCGGACCAAAUAGGAAGAAACAUGGAGAUAUAUGUCGAUGACAUGAUUGUAAAGUCGGUAAAAGCACCAUCCCAUGCAAAGGAUCUGCGAGAAACAUUUGACUGCAUAAGGAAAAAUCAAAUUAGACUAAACCCCGCCAAGUGUUCGUUUGGUUUAGGGGGCGGCAAAUUCCUGGGAUACUUACUCACCCAGAGGGGCAUAGAGGCAGAUCCUUCCCAGAUUGCAGCAAUAAGGGACAUACAGCCUCCCAAAACAGUCAAAGACUUGCAAAUCCUUACUGGCUGCAUCGCAGCACUGAGACGAUUCAUUCCUCAAUCAUCCAAGCGGAGUCUUCCCAUGUAUGAGGCCAUUAAACAAGCAUCCAAGGCACGACACUUCGAGUGGACUCAAGAGUGUCAGAACAGCCUAGACGACAUCAAAGGGUUCUUAGCAAAUCCACCAGUAUUGGCAAGGGCCAUACCAGGCGAGCCUCUCAAGUUGUACCUCUCAGCUUCUGAUUCAACAACAGCGGCGGUAUUGAUAAAAGAAGAAGGGACUGAGCAAAGACCAGUAUACUAUGCCAGCCAUAUGCUUAAAGACACCGAGACACGAUACAGCAAAAUUGAAAAAUUGGUCUUAGCCUUAGUAACGGCAAGCAGGAAACUGAGACAGUAUUUCCAAGGUAGAAGCAUCACUGUCAUGACAUCUCAGCCCCUCCGCCGAGUACUUCAUCGGCCAGACAUCUCAGGCAGGCUAGCAGCCUGGACCAUCGAGUUAAGUCAGUUCAACUUAGAAUUUGAACCACGAAACUCAAUGAAGUCUCAGGCACUGUCAGACUUCGUGGCAGAAUGCAACUUCUCCGAAAGACCACAACAAGGCCCCGCCCAAUCACUAACCGACAAGGCAUGGACCUUGUAUACCGAUGGAUCAUCAACAUCUGAAGUAGGUGGUGCCGGGGUACUUCUAGUUAGUCCUGAAGGAUUCAAAGUUCAACAAGCCAUACGCUUCGGAUUUCCAGCCACGAACAAUGAAGCAGAGUAUGAGGCUUUAAUCGCAGGGAUAAAGCUGGCAAGCCACUUAGACGCUAAAAUAGUGGACAUUUUUUCAGAUUCACAGUUGGUGGUAAAGCAAGUGUCUGGCGAAUUCAAGGCUACCAAUGAAAGGAUGAUAGCGUACUUGAAAGUCGCAAUCACCCUUCUAGGUACAUUUACCUCGUGGAGCAUCAAAAACAUAGCUAGGUCAGCCAAUCACUGGGCUGAUGCCUUGUCAAAACUAGCUACAUCCACGGCGGCAAAGAACUCGGAACCUAUUUACGUAAAGGAACUGACGUGCCCGUCUCUGGUUCAAGAAACGGUCAACUGCAUUACAAGUCAAGAUGAUUGGAGGACCCCAAUCAUUCAACAUAUCAAAGGGACUUUAAACUUAGAGGAUAAAGCUGAACAAAGGAAAAUUGCAUUCAAAGCGCGCAACUACUGUCUGAUUAGUGACCAACUUUACCGACGAGCACUAGUGGAACCACUUCUCAAGUGCAUCGGUCAGCAGGAGGUUCAAACAGCUAUGCAAGAAAUACACUCGGGAAUUUGUGGAAAUCACAUCUCUGGUAGAAACAUGGCCUUAAAAAUAAUGAGACACGGGGUGUAUUGGCCAACCAUGAAACAAGAUUGUGAGGAAUACUCGAAAAAAUGUAAAGCAUGUCAACUUUACGGGACAGUAAGUCACAAACCCACAGCAACGUUCAGCGCAUCUCAGUCUCCAUGCCCCUUUGCCAUGUGGGGUAUUGAUCUAGUCGGCCCUUUGCCUAAGUGCACUGGCCAGAAACAAUUUUUGAUCGUGGCCAUCGAUUACUACACCAAGUGGCCAGAGGCUAAGCCCCUAGCAAGGAUCAGAGAAGCAGAAGUAGUCCAGUUCUUCAUGGAAAACAUAGUGUUUCGCUUCGGGGUACCCAGGGUCAUAGUGACAGAUAACGGAUCGCAGUUCACAGGCAAGGAUUUUGAAGAGGCUUUAGGCCAGCUAAAGAUAACACACAUCAAGUCUUCAGUAGCAUAUCCGCAGGCUAAUGGUCAAGUCGAGAUUACCAACAAGGCGAUACUACAGGGAAUCAAGAAGAGGCUUCUAGACGCACCGUCUAACUGGGUUGACGAGUUACCAAAUGUCCUGUGGGGAUACCGUACUACCCCAAGAACCGCGACAGGCGAGACACCCUUUCGCCUAGCAUACGGGACAGAGGCAGUGUUACCACUAGAAAUCAGCAUGGGGUCUCUCAGGAUCGAAAAUUUCAAUCAGCAAGGGAAUGAAGAAGGGCUCAGACUCAACAUCGACCUCGUUGAAGAAGUGAGGGACAGGGCUCAGCUUAAGGUUGCUCAAUACCAACAAAAGGUGGCCCAGUACUACAAUGCCAAACUCAAGCCUCGCCAAUUCCAGGAAAACGAUUUGGUUCUCAGGGAAGCAGCAGCCUCAAUGCCACUCAAGAUGAGCAAGCUCUCAGCUCCUUGGGAGGGCCCUUACAAGAUAAUCAAAGUGGUCAGGCCAGGAACUUACCGCCUUGCCCAGCUAGACGGCUCUCCAAUACCAAACACCUGGAAUGCAAUUCACCUAAAGAAGUUCUACCAAUGA